GAACCCAUAAUAACCAUAAUAAAAAUAUUUACCACAAAAUGGAUUUCCCGGAACUGGACCAAAAACCCAACACCCAACUGUUGCACCGUUUUCUGAACCAGGAUCAUGUCGAUCAGCUGCAUCGGCUGUUCAUCGAAAAGAAGCGGCUUCUGCCGGAAGAACUACGGCAGGAACUUUUCGACCUGGCCGGAAUCCAGUUCAGUGACGAUGAAUUCGAAACGCUUUUUAUGAAAAUCAACACCGACCAGGACAACUACUGCCAGUGGGAUGAACUGAUCAGCUAUCUGAUUCUGGGCUUUCAGAACGAUGAUCCAUUGGCGGUACAGGAAUCGCUGGAUCUUCCCAUUUCGGGGGAUAUGACGUUGAAGUUGGGAAGGCAAACCUAUCCUGUGAUGAAGAUCGAAUUUUCACCUGUGGUUUCUUAUGAUGGCACAGUUAAUUGGUCUCAAGGUUGCUGGGUCACUUCAACCCGGGAAGCUGUCAUCACCUUUUGGAAACGGGAUUGGAAGUUUGAGAAGCUAGGGAAGGCCUUCAGCGUCGACUUGAAGCGAGCCAAAGCAGUGCUUUUGGAUACGGCUGUAAUGCCAGAUCAGAAUUACUUUUGCGCCGCCUGUUUGGAGUGCGAGCUUCGAUUCUACGACAUUAUUGCUUCGGGAUUUACUUUGAAGACUCUUAUCAACAGGAUUCCGCAUGCCAUAAACGCUCUUUGUUACCACUUUUCUCCAACAUCCAGGAGUAAACUCAUAUUUGGGGACUAUAUUGGACAUAUAAGAAUCAUAGAGUUUUAUCCGGAAAGAAAAGAACCUUUCAAAUUUGAUGCCGGAUCAACAAUCACUCGAAUUAGCUUUCAAGAUCUUAUGAAAGGCCUCUGUCCUCAGAUGCAGUGCGUAGAUUAUGGUCGAUUGCUGCCGGACAUUGUGCGACAGAUCGAGUUUGUAGAGGUGACGAACAGUUUUUUGGCCUGUUCAGAGAAUGAUCCACUAGUUCAGCAAUACAAGAGGAAAGAAAUGCAAAAGUCUUUGGUCAUUCAGCAUACCAUAAAAAUGGAUAAACGAACGGAAUUUAAAGUGACCAAAGGAGUAACCUGCUUUGCAUUCGAGAACUCAAAAGAUUUUUUGGCUACCGGGGGUCCUGAUGGCCGCCUUCGACUUUGGGAUGUUCGGAGACCGGAAAAGUGUAAUGUUACCCUUUCCGGACAUAAUGCAGGAGUUUCUUUUCUCUUUUUACAAGAUGAAGCUCAGAAGCUUUACAGUAUGGAUACGAAAAAAAUUGUCAAGAUUUGGGAUGUCCACAAUAGAGUGUUGAUUCAGUCGUACGGUCAGUUUUCAGCGAAUUUGUACAAAACUAUUCCAGCAUGUGCCUGUUACAGUGACCGUAAUCGGGAACUACUCGUUGGAGCAAACAAGGUUCUUGGAGCUAUCUGUUGUCCCAAAAUUCCACUUGAGGUUACUGAUGGAGACAGUCACACGCUACCGAUUUCAGUGCUUCUGUACAAUACUCUGUUCAAAGUGGUGGUCAGUUGCGGUAUCGAUAGUUUUAUCAUCGUUUGGGAUCAUACCGUCAACCGGAAGCUCACCAUAAUCCAGGAAGCGCAUACGAGAGUUAUAAACGGACUGGUAGAAACGGUCCAAAUUACUUGCGCUUGUUUCGACCCUAAGUUGCAACUUUUGCUCACUGGAGCACGAGAUGGAACGAUGAAAAUUUGGAACUUCAACAGUGGUUCCCUGAUGGUUUCUCUGCUUCUGGAGACAGACUGUGAGGUAACAGAAGUUUUUUGGGGCCCCACUAGCAUAUUGGCAAUGGGUUGGAACCAUGUGAUCGUAGAGUAUCCAAUCGGAACUCACAGCAUAGACUUCUCGGCCGGGGUCAAGUGGAUGCAUCUUCACUCGGACGAUAUUUUAUGUGCCUCAAUGACUCAUCAACAUCCCCAUGCUAUGGCCACCUGCAGCUACACCGGUGAGCUCAUAUUCUGGAUGAUGGAAACAGGUCAACCGUAUCGAAGGUUCGAUGCUGCCAAGCCACUGAUCAAAAUCCCUAUCAAUUUUCGACGCAAAAAAGGCACUCCGUCAAACAUCAGACCAGCAAGGGUUUCCAUUUUCCAACCACACGAACACUGGAAGCAGCGACGACUUUCUAGAAUAUUUCUACCAAAACGUGCGGAAGAGCUCCGGCAGCUCACCAUCCACGAUUUGCUGUUCCUGCAAUCGAGACCUAUGCACCCCGAUUAUGGGACGUUGCUGGCAUCACUGGAUACCGGAGUGAUUCAGGUUUAUUCUCAUCAUCUGGACGGUGGUUACAUUGGACAAUUUAAUGCUGUCCACAUGGCUGGAGAUCGCGUUAUAACCAUGACUACCGACUCUAAAAAUCAAUUUCUCUUCACUGGGACGUAUCUGGGGUACAUUAAAAUAUGGCUUUUGCAAGAUUACCUAAUCCCCGAGGGAAAGUAUGAGCCGGUCAAUAAGCCCGCUAUGCGCUUGAUGUUCUCGUUUCUGCUGGAUGAUAUCGUACCAGGUCGUGCAAAGCGAUCGGUAGCCAAACAACCGAAACCGUGGCUUUUGAGUUCGUACCAGGCGCACCGGAACUGUAUCACCGAUUUGGAGUAUAUUGAAGCCACCAAAAUUUUGCUUUCGUCCAGCAGCGACCGCACCAUCCGGAUGUGGAGCCUCUCAGGCUGCUACAUUGGUCUGCUAGGAAGUCCAAUUAAAUGGCCAGAAAUUCGACCGGACCUGCCGCUGCCUCAAAACUAUCGAUUCCGCAUCCCUCCGGAUCUGCAGCGAGAAGUUAGCUUCACGACCGCCCAGGUGCUGCGAGGAGGCACCAGGAUGAUGAACGUCAAAAGUCGAAUCCUACAGGAUGCCAACGAGAGGCGGCGCGGAGAAGUCAUCGAAACCUACGGCAAACCUCUGGCGCCGCCCUUCCUGGAUGAGAGGAAAUUUCCGUUUGCCCAAAGGACCGGAUAUGUUCCGGAUCCUAAGCUGGAUUACACAUUCCGAGACACUCCCAUUUUCGAGCAUCUCAGCACUCCGAACCUCACUAGGUUUAAGAUUGUCGACUCGAAGGCAGCACUUAACAAAAUUAAGAAAAUUGACUUCUCAAGAGACGGGGACAGAAUCAAUUGCUAUCGGGAAAGAAAAGAUAGAGUUUUCAAGUAGUUUUAAAGAUAAUUUAGCCCACAACAAAUCCGCUGUC